AUGUCAGCGGCAAGGCUCGGCGAUUUCGCAGGACAGGGAACUGUCCAAGAGGAGCUGCUGUGGGCUGCUGCCGGUGGCAUCGUCUAUGGUGCAACCGCCACUCUGCUUGGACAGCCUCUGGACACCAUCAAGACGAAGAUGCAGACUGAUCGGCUCACCGGCAGAGCAUCCGGCCGUCCGGGCACACUGCAAGUUGCCCGCCAGAUCCUGCAGACUGCUCCCGGCGAGCUUGCGCACUCCCGACCUGUUCGGAAAGUAGCUGGCUUCUACAGAGGUUCGUUGCCUGUCCUCUGUGGCUCCGUCAUCUUCAGAUCCGUGCCCUUUACCGUGUACUCGGGAGUUUACGCCUCCCUCGAGCCAGCCUCUUUCUUCGGCACCUUGGAUCCCUUCCUGGGCGUCGAGCGACGGAUCUGGCUCAGUGGCGCCGUGGCCGGAUUGGGCCGUGCCGUGGUGGAGAACCCCUUUGAGGUCUUGAAGACCCAGAAGCAGGUCAGGGGCCUGGACUACCAGCAAAUCUUGAAAGCCCGGUGUCUCUGGCAAGGCCUCGCUGCAACGUGCAGCCGCAACGUGGUUUUGGUCACCCUCUUCUUCGUCCUUUCUGACAGGUUGAACCGCUCCAGAGAGCUGGUAAACUUCCUGGACUUCCGGCAGCAUCCUUUCUUGCGAGGCUGCAUAGUGACAAGUUGCUGCUGGCUAGCCGCUUGGCCGCUGGACGUGAUAAAAAGCCAGCUGCAGAGCGAGGUGCUGGGGUCCCGGACGCCGGCGGAUGCAGGCGGUGGCAGCUUCGGGAGCCAGACGUCUGACGUCGUGCGUGUCAGGGUGUGGGCAGACUCGGUGGACUGCUGGUGCGGGCAUGGCAGCAGGGACGAUUCUACCGCGGCCUCCCUGCCGGGCUUGUUCGUGCAUGCUUGGCCAACGGCGCUGCCAUGCAAACAAGUUCAAGCAGACACAUCGGGGACCGGAAUUGGCCGCUUGCGCGGCCUGUGCACUUCGGGCCAUGCUCCUGAAACCUUGUCACCUUACUGCGAGGCCCACCCUGCCGCGCGAGGGGCCUCCCUCGAGCCAGGCAGGUGCGACGGCGACGACGCCGAGAGGGCCGAGGUUUCUGCUGGCCGAGGGCUCGGAGAUGGGUCCAAGGGAGCCUCUUCGACAGGGCUGUCUGUUUCGGCAGUCACUGGUAAGUACAUACUGGCCACAGCAUGGCAGGAUGUAAAGCUGCUGAGACCGCUCCCUGCGCGCUACACGCCUUUGCGUUGCUAUGAGUGGCCACCGUCACAGGUGACAUCGUCGACGGCCAACUCUUUGGCCGAUGCAGCAGCGAAGAAGUGUGCGGCCUUUCGACCUUCGAAGUCUCCCGGCUACCCUGAGCGCUUCAGCCCGGAUCUUGUCACGUCUGCGGUAGGUCGCAGCCCGCACGAGUAA